GCCGUUACUGUUGACUUCGUUGCGUUUAUGAUGAUUUAACUCCUGAGGUGGGGCUCCGCGAGGCGUCCAGCCUGCCUAAUCACCCAGAGAAGAAGGUUUAACUCGAACAUUUCCGCGUUCCGACACGGAGCUGAAACAAACUCCAACUUGGUGUCGUGAGUGAAGUUGUCUCAGCCCAAACGGCGCCUCGUCUCCGCUUCCCGCCCGGUAUCAAAGGCUCCCUGCGGGGAUUUUCCUGUUUUAAGUCGGUGAACCUGGCGGCUGAAGAUGUUCUGAACGUUUGAGCGAAAGGAGCCGGUACCGGAGAAGCCUCUAAGAUGGAUUACAAGGUCGUGUUUUCAGCUCUGGAGAGAGUGUGUCAGGAAAACAUCUCUGUUCUGUGUGGGCCUUCUGACUUGCCGUACGGGACGGUUACCAAGCGCCUGGUCACGAGUAUGAAGCAGAUCCAGGAGCACGGCCGGGCCCUGGAGCCCAUGGUGGCCAGCUUCUCCUCCAUCUAUCAUCAUUACGACUUCGACGCACAGACGCCCGGAAACGGGUACCGAACGCUGGUGAAGGUCCUCCAGUCGUGUCUUCUGCACAUCGUCCACAAAGGCCAGUACAUCGCCUCCAACUACAGCGGGGCGUUCUUCCGAGCCGAGCACAACGCCGCGGAGAUGGAGGCGUACUGCAGCGCCCUCUGCCAGCUGCGAGCCCUGCUCUACCUGGCCCAGCGUCUGAUCCACGACAACGAGCACGGCCAGCUCUACAUCCAGCAGGACUCGGACCUGAACCGCAGCUUUGUGCAGGAGUACAGCUCCAUGCACAAAGCCUGUUUCUACGGCCGCUGCCUGGGCUUCCAGUUCUCCCCCGCCCUCAGACCCUUCCUCCAGACCAUCAUCAUCAGCAUGGUUUCCUACGGAGAGGCGUACGGCAAACAGCAGUCUGGGAUCGGAACGGCCGCCCUGUCUCUCCUCACAUCCGGGAAGUACGUCAUCGACCCGGAGCUACGAGGAGCCGAGUUUGAACGUAUCACGCAGAAUCUGGAUAUGCAGUUCUGGAAGUCCUUCUGGAACGUCACGGAGUCGGACAUUUUAUCAGGUUUCACCCGAAUCGCCUCCAACCCGGUGCAGGUGAACUUCACGUUAACGGUGCCUCCUGUCCCGCUGCGCCUCCCUCUGGCCUCAGACCCCCGGCUCUCCACCACCGUGUCUCCCCCCAUCGCCCACUGGGGCCCCGGACCGGUCCACAUGAGGCUGGUCUCCUACGACCUUCGAGAAGGUCAGGACAGCGAGGAGCUGCUGGGGUUUUCCCGAAGCGAUCCUCCUCCCAUCUCCUCCCGUCUGCCCUGGAUACAGGAGCAGCCACGCUCCCCCUGGCUGCUAAUCCACUUCCACGGAGGAGGCUUCGUGGCUCAGACUUCUCGUUCCCAUGAGAAUUAUCUUCGUAACUGGUCCAAGGUGCUGGGCGUCCCCAUCCUCUCCGUCGACUACUCUCUGUCGCCUGAAGCGCCUUUUCCCCGAGCUCUGGAGGAGUGCUUCUACGCCUACUGCUGGGCCCUGAACAACUGUCAGCUGCUGGGUUCUACAGCGGAGCGGGUUUGUCUUGUCGGGGACAGCGCGGGAGGAAACCUCUGCAUCACUGUCUCCAUGAGGGCCUUGACCUCUGGAAUCCGUGUCCCUGAUGGGAUCGUGGCUGCGUACCCAGCCACCUUGCUCACCACGGAUGCCUCGCCCUCCCGGCUGCUCACACUCAUCGACCCCUUGCUGCCUUUAGGCGUCCUGGCCAAGUGCCUGAACGCAUAUGCAGGCUCGGACUUCCAGACGAUCCAGCCGGCAGACAGGAGAGGCAGUCUGAGUGCUCUGGGCCGAGACACGGCCAUGCUGCUCAGUGACCUCACUCAGGGAGUUUCCAACUGGGUCCAGUCCUUUCUGGAUCCCAGCCGGACCUCAGGUGGGUCUCCUUCUCCGAGAGGGAACCAUAUCCGGAGGACUUCCACUGACCUCGCCUUCCAGAACUCUGCAGAUUCCAUCCACUAUCCGGAUGGCUUCGAGCCUUUGCGCUCCAACUGCCCAGCGUUUGUUAACCCGACGUCCUGCCCCGUCAUGAGGAACCCAUUUGUGUCACCGCUGCUGGCGCCGAGCAGUCUGCUCAGAGGUCUGCCGCCCGUUCACAUUGUGGCCUCGGCUCUGGACGCUCUACUCGACGACUCUGUGAUGUUUGCUAAGAAGCUGCGAGCGAUGGAGCAGCCCGUGAGCCUGACAGUGGUGGAAGAUCUUCCUCACGGCUUCCUCAGUCUGUCGCAGAUCUGCAAAGAGACGCAGUUUGCUUCAGACAUGUGCGUGGCUCGAGUCAGGGAGGUCUUCCUGCAGGAAAACACGAGGAAUGCUCUUCCAAAAGACCUGUAGUGCCAAGCCCCCCGGCUGGUUCCUGUAACUGGGAUGUUAACGGGUCCUGUGCUGAGAACCAGGAUGGAUCAGGGGUAACAUCAAGCUGCACUUUAACCUGCUGAUGGAUUUCCACCAGCACCCACAACUAGCUUCACCCGACUCCCCCCUGAUGAGGAGUCACCUCUCAGAGAGUUUAAUCAGCCUUUUGUUUGGAGAAACGAUAUUUAUUAUGUAUUAAUAAGCUAAACCGGCGUGUUUUAAACAAGUGGAAGGAUGCAGAUGUAUUUCUUACCUGCUGACCGUUUUUGUGCCCUGAGCGGAGAACUCCGCUGCUCCUACCUGAUCAGGAUGAAAGCUGUACUUGAACUGGAAGCACAGAUGCUGUGUCUCAUGGAUGCUGUCGCUACAUCUGAUGUGUUAUUUCCUGUUUGCCUCAUGUUUACAGUGGGAUGUUUACCAGCAGUGUUUGGGUGUGAAAUUAAAUAACCGUGUUUGACUGGA